UACACAGUGGCUAGCCGGCUGGCUAGCGUUGCAGUAUAGCAAACCAUUCACUCAGCGCGUUUGUUUUCUGCAUAAACUGAAAGGCACAUCAGGAGAAUGCGUGGCCAGGGGUCCACACGCCGGCGGAAACCCAGCACCCCUCAGCGCCGCCCCCCACCGCCGUCCACUCCAUCGUCUAGAGGAAGGGCCCCCGCUGAAGCAGCCCCCUCCCCUGAGAAGAGGCGGCGGAGGUUUCGCCCCGGUACCCGGGCUCUCAUGGAGAUCCGAAAGUACCAGAAAACGACUGACUUGCUGCUGCGCAGAGGACCCUUCUCCAGACUGGUGCGAGAGGUGUGCGUAACAUUCUCCAAGCUGGACCUGAGAUGGCAGGCCUUGGCCCUUCAAGCAUUACAGGAGGCUUCAGAGGCUUUCCUGGUGCGUCUGUUUGCUGACGCCAACCUGUGCGCCAUCCACGCCAAGCGCGUGACGCUGUACCCACGCGACCUGCAGCUUGCGCGGCGAAUCAGGGGAGUGGAGAGUCUGUGAGGGGGCGGGGUCAGCCCCCAGGACAGGGUCUCUCCCGACUGAAGCCUACGCCACACCGAAACGUAUCAGAGAUGAGUUGAAACGAGAGGGGCAGAUCAGAGGAGAGG